AAUUUUUGUAAGACCUUUGGUGUGGGGGGGGGUGGAGUGGGCACCCCCAUGAUCUCAGUAUUUCAGCGAGUCACUUGACACUCCUUUCUUGCUUCAACAGUAUAUAAACCAUUUGACAUCCCCUAGCAUAAACACCACUUUUUGAAUGUACACCCGGGAGUACCAACACCCAUCUCUGUUACGUCAUCCAGGCAUGCAACUUAUAGAGAAGGCCGUCCUAGCAGGAGUGGUGUCGUUGCUACUGGCCGUCCACUGCAGACUGGUGUCCGGGAAAGCGCUGCUGCGGAGCAGGCGGAGCUCCAUGUGCCAGAACAUCCGGCCAUGCAGUAAUCAAACCAGGGUCCUCCAUCAGAUCCAGUGCCAGGUUGCAAGCCUGAAUGCAUCAGCUCAGGAACUCUUUGAAGUCUAUCUGAAACACCAAGGCAACCCAUUCACCAACAAGGAGGAGCUGAAUGUGUUUUGCCAGCCUGACCGCAGCUUCCCUUCCUUUGACAAUCGGACCAGCGAGGAAAAAGAAAAGCUGAUAGCACUGUACAAGAUCUGCGCCUUCUUCAACGCCUCGCUGGGCAACAUCACCAAGGAUCAGCGAGAACUGGGCAAUGACAAAGAGGACCUGCUGAAGCUCCUCAGGAACACCACCAACACCACACGGGGGCUCCUGGCCAACCUCACAUGCCUGCUGUGUGCCAAGUACAAAGUCAGCCACGUGGACGUGACUUACGGCCACAGCUCAGGCACAAACAACUUUGCCAAGAAGCAGCAGGGCUGCCAGGUGCUGAGAAAGUACGCCGAAGUCAUCCCGCUUGUUGCUCUGGGUCUGGGUAAAUGCAACGCGUAACGGCAAGUUCAUCUGUUUUGGACUUGAAGGGACCCCAGCAGAGGAUUAGCUUACUUGCCCAGCGCUAGCUCUGAGAGCUGGUUGAUUGGCUCCUCCUUCCAAGCAGGCACAGAUAAAAGGCUUUCUAAUGGAAGUCCUCAUUAGGCUGGGUUGGCUCUUUAAUAUAGAAAUCAGUAACAACACACACACACACACACACACCAAGUUAGACUACUGGCCGGACUACUGCAGUGUGUGGAGCUGCCCUUGGAGACCUUUCAGAAGUGGCAGCUUGUGCAAAAUGCAGCCGCCAGAUUAAGAACUGGAAGCAAUGCUGGCCCUGGGUGCCUCUAUGCUUCUGAGCCUGAUUCGAGGCCCUGGUUUUAAGGAAGGCAGAAAAAUUGGCACGGCUCAGGGCCACAAUACUUGAAGAACCGCCCCUCCGAGCACUGUCAGUCUGUGUGGGCACUGUGCUCAACAUUCAGGCCUUCCUCCAAACACCACCUCCGAGGCCUUCUCUGCGGCAGCCCCCAUGUUGUGGAAUGACCUCCCUGCUGAAGCCCAGAACUAGCGCCAGCCUCGCUAUCCUUUCACUGCCAGCCUGAGACUGACUUCUCUGCUGAGACAGUCAAGUGCUCCAAGUAACCCUCGAGGGGGUGGGUACUGUUUUAGAUAUGAACCACUUUUGUCCAAAUUGGGCCUUAAAUUUACAGAGAAAUGUUGUUACGUUUAUAUUGCUAUUUAUAUUUUAUAUUUUAUAUUGUUUUUAUUGUACUGCAUCAAUGCUAAUGGGCUGUAAAUAAUAAUAGUAAUAAUAAUUAAUAAUUAAUAAUAAUAAUUAAUAAUAUAAAGUCUAUUUUCAAACUUUUCACACUAGGGUUGCAGCCCUAGUGUGGUGGUAAUGUCAACCUCAGCAUGAGCACUGGGCUAACAGGGCUAAUGACUGGAAUCCAGUUUUUCCUCCCACUGCCUCCUUCCCUUUUCUGCUCCCAGCUUCCUCUCAAAGAUGUGAGUUGCUUCUCCCAGUCUCUCAUGCCCCAAAGGUAAAAUCAAUGCAAGUGAAUCCUCUGGAUGUUUCCCUAGCCCAGAAUGAUAUUGAAAUGGUCCCUCUCAGCAUUCUGCCCCUUUCCAGAUUUCCGAGUGGCUCUCAGGAAGCCAGAGGUGGGCAUCCACCUGUGCAGCCCAGCUGGCAUGCGACUUCGCUUUCCUUACAAUAAGGAAAUGUGCCAAGUGCUAAGUCUAGACUGUGGUAACAUCAGAGUACAUGAGUCAAGCUGUACCAUUUCCUGUGCCUAGCAUCCAGGUCAGGUAGAGGCAUCUGAAACAGAGGUCCAAGGGAAUUGUAAAGGAAUCUGUCCAGUCCAGAAGAUCAAGGAAGGCUCUGGGUAGACGCACCGUUGUCUGCAGCAGGAAGGAGGCUCGGUCUGGGCUCAUUUAUGUUGCUGCUGUUAUGUGCUGCCUUGCUAAGGGACUACAUGCUGGCUUUCUACAUUUAUAAUGGCUAUGGUUUAAUAGUUGUUAUUAGAUUUGUUUUGUUUCAUUGUAUUUAUUUAUUUAUUAAUUAAUUAUUAAGAGAAGGGAGGGAAAUAAUUUGGAGUUAUUAAUUUACCUUUUACUGUUACUUUGAGAUCUCUGUCCCAGGGUCCUGGCCCUGUUGUCAAACUCACCUGAUCUCUUAAGGGUUAGGGCUAGGGUUGAUGCUUUGUCACCAGGGCCCCUCGCAGUCAGGUAGCAAGGUCCCCCACAGGCCUGUCCCCUUAUGCCGCUCCACAUAGGUUAGUUUGACUGCUGCUGUGACAAAUCAGGCAGAUUGCAGUGAGCUGGGAUAUAUUAAUUGUCUCUGCAAGAAUGGAGAUACAGUGGUACCUCGGCUCACAAAUGCCUCAGUUCAGGACCAAAUUGGGCCGCGAACUGAAAUUUCAGAAACAUUUUGCCUCAGUUCACGAAUUCCACAUUGGGUGAUGACCACAAUCGCAGCCAUGUUGCCGCACGAACACGAUCGCAAUCGCAGCCAUCGCCCCCCGAGCACAAUCGCUAUUGCACAAUUAUCAUUUGGACUCUUCCUCCAAACAGAAACCUUCCCCCUGCCCACCUAGGUUAGUGUUCUCUACUGUACUGUACUUUGCUAUUUUGUUGUUCUUUGUUACUUUGUUUCAGAUUUUUGUGA